CUUUCGUGCUUAUAUUCGCAAACAACCACGCCGGUCAAAUCGAAUCCCCAAGCGUUGCCAUUAUGAGUUGCCCGCGUGCUUGGUCUGUCUCGGACUCCCGCAGUUUCCCUGCACUUUUUUUUAAUUUUUGUCCCCUUUUCUCUCUUUGUGGCGGCUGAGACUCAAAGCGUUCCAUUCAUAGCGAGCCAAUCGCAGUGCCGCUUACUGGCGCCGCUCGGCCAAUGGGGAAGCGACAUGCUUCCCGGUCGUGCGGCGGAUAGACGAGAGGCGAGCGGGCCGGCUGCAAGCUAACUGCUAACAUCCGUUCAGUUGCAACUUUAGUCUUUAGCGUCCUUUUUUCCACCGAAGCAAAGGAGCGGAAUCGCCUCGGAAAAAUCCAAACCACCCGGCAAUAUUGAGUCCGUCCGGCUAAAGGGCUGAAUUAUUCAACUAUUUGGCCAAAUAAACGCGUGUCCUGCUAGCACAGGCGGCUAGGCGCCAGUCAAUCCCGUUGUGACAACAACGCGGUCGUUCGCUGCAGUUCCGUUAUCCGCUAACGCAUUCAUAGCGCGCUUCAGACUCGACGGGGAAACCAUGGCAGAAUUUCUCGAAGACCCGUCGGUGCUCACGAAAGACAAGCUGAAGAACGAGCUGGCGGCCAACAACGUGGCGCUGCCGAGCGGCGAGCACAAGAAAGAAGUGUACGUGCAGCUCUAUCUGAAGAACUUGACGGCGCGGAACAACAAGAGGAGCCCGCCUGCCGACACCUUCUCCAGCGACGAGGAGCUGCCCGCCCCCGUGGUGCUCGCCAACAAAAGCCGAUCGGGGAGAAAAGCUACCAAAAAGACAGACAAGCCUCGCAUAGAGGUGGAGGUGACGGAGCUCACCGAUGACGACCUCCAACUGCAACUCGCCAAGUAUGGCGUGGACGCAGGACCCAUCGUGGCCUCCUCCCGCAAGUUGUACGAGAAGAAGCUGCAGAAGCUUCUGGAAGAGCCGGCGGCCGAGGCCCCCGCCGACGUCACCGUCCUCCCCAAGGCCGACGCCGACCAGAAUGGCAACACCAACUCCGACCAGUACAGCGACAAGGAAGCUGAGGAAAUUAGCAGCACUGAGCCAGAGCCAGUCCCCGUCGUGGAGAAGCCCGUGCGCAGCAGAGGGAAAACGCCGGUCACCGUGCGAACCGGCAGCAGACGCCAAACCAAGGUGGCGGCGGCGGAGGAGGCGGCGGUGACGGAGGGCACCCCCGUCAAGAGCGGCGAGAGUGUGGUGGAAGAUAUUCUGGCCAAUGAAAUCAGCACACCAACGGGCAUAAGCGCCACCUGCAGGCGUCCCAUCAGAGGAGCGGCGGGGCGACCGCUCAAGCCCAGCGACUACUGGCUGGACGAAUCCCGCGUGCGCCACAGCGUCCACACCGAGAACCGCUCCUACUCGGAGUCCUUCUCCCGGGGGGUCGGCGUCGCCCCUUCCCCCUCCGUCGGCAAAGCCCCAGCGCGGCGUGGCGCCCUCUCCCUCCUGCUCAAGCUCGUCCUCCUCCUGGCGGUGGUCUGCGGCUCGCUCUACUUGACCUACCGGCACCUGGAUACGGCUCACCAAAACAACCUGCGGGUCCUCCUGGACGCCGUGGUGGCCCCUCUACAGGGCGCCGCAGAGAGCGCCGCCGCCUACCUGGGUCUCGGCGACAAGUGAAAGGCGUAAGGUCCCUCUGUCGCCUUGGCCGCGCCCACCUCUCCUGCCACACUCUACAGAACUGGGAUCAAACCACACUGGAAAAAAAAAAAAAAACUGGCUUCAAACCGCUUUCAACAAAAGCGGCUUCAAACCACAUUCAACAAAAGUGGCUUCAGACCGCUUUUGACAAAAUGUGGUUUCAAACCACAUUCCACAAAGGUUACUUCAAACCAUAUUUAACAAAACUUGCUUACAACCACUGUGUUAUAAGUGUAUGUGUAACCACUUUUAACAGAAGUGGCUUCAAACCACUUUUGGCAAAACUGGCUUCAAACCACAUUCGACAUAAGCGGCUUCAACCCACUUUCAAUGAAAGUUGAUUCCAAACCGCAUUCGACAAAACUGCCUUCAAACCUCUUUCAACAAAAGCGGCUUCAACCCGCUUUCAACGAAAGUUGAUUCCAAACCACAUUCGACAAAACUGCCUUCAAGCCUCUUUCAACAAAAGCAGCUUCAAACAACUUUUUGACAAAACUGUCUUGAAACCACAUUCACCAAAAUUGGCUUCAAGUUCAAACCACUUUUAACAACUGAAUUCAAACCACCCUGAACAAACACUGGCUUCAAACCACUUUCAACCAAACUGGUUUAGCCUCCUGGUCGGACACACGGUCACAUGGGAUGACCGAUUCCAGCUUUUCAGCUGUCACGUGCAGCGCAGCAGGCAGGUGCCGCCGCCAGACACUGAUUUUAAUGUCUUUUUAUUUUUGAAACCUGUGAAUCGUCGUCUUUAUGUGUAAGUAGAAUCGAUUGGAGACGGCCAGUUUGUCCCCCUGCACGGAUGUAGUUUUUUUCUUUUGACGGCCAUCUUUGUAGUUUUGUGACUUGCGCAUGAGCGACACGCCGCGGGCGUUCCCGACAGCGAGGUGCCCCGCAUAAAAUGUCCGCCCUGGGCGUAGAGUCGGCUAGCCCGGUUUUUCCUGGGGUCGCACGUUUCCGAGGGAUGUUAAGCGACGGGGUUCUGGAAAGAUUCCAAAUUAGAAACUUCCAUGGGAAUUGAGGGUAAUUUACUGGGAAGGUGUCACGUUCAAGCAUGACUACGCAUUGUUUUGUUAGCAGACAUCCAUGCAAAAUAGAUAGCUCUCCUUGCCCACGUGUGAGGGCAUUACAGUACAAAUUCCGGUACUGUAAUAAAAUCAGGAAAAAUCUCAAUAUUCAUUAAAUAUGACCAUUUUAAAAUGUUGGUACAGAUUUGAGCAAGAAUCGUGGAUGUGCAUGAUUUGCUUUCACGGGCCACAUAAAAGGAUGUGGCAGGCCAGAUCCGACCCACGGGCCUUGAGUUCGACACCUGUGGUCUAGAUGGCUUAUAAAGGGGAGCGAAAGGAGCCAUUUUCGUACUUUGCUACGACUUCUGGUUUUGAAUUCCUUCUCAAACUUUCUGGCGUAUUGUGUAAAACGGGUUUUGUUUGUUCCAAAACCAAGCAGAUAUGCAAAAAACUGGGACAACAUUCUUACGGGAAACCCAAUUGUAUAGAAACUAGGACGUAUGACGAUAGGUUCCAGUGUAUGGAAGAGCAUUUAAUAUGUCGGAUAGAUACAUUAUUUGUAGCAAGUAAAUAAUUUGCGGCCCGAUGAAUGAAGGGAAAGGGGAAUAUUUCCGGCGGCACAUCUGAUGAUCUUCCGAUCACGAAUCACUGGGCUGGCGUGACCCGUCGUCUCCACGGUGCUGGCGGAAAUUGGGCUCCAACUCUGCCAUCUGUCGGACUGGCGCUUUUGUGGCCAUUCUUAUCCAUUUGCGCCUGAUGGUGUGUCCUUUUGUUUUGGUUCCCCCCCCCCCCUGAGUUUACAUUAUUUGGGUUUUAGUGCUGUUUUGUGCUUUUUGUUCGUUUUGAAUUAGAUUUCCGACCCUUCAUUUUCCUCCCGCAUAGCUCGUCACCUCACCGCCGGCAUGUGCCACCAGGACGUCACAAAAUCCCUCUCGGAGACUUUAAUCCAUCAUCACGACCCGACGACGACGUCAGGCUGAGCAAAUUGACCCGUUUCAAAACUGCAGCCAGGAUGAAGGAAUAUUGACUCAUAACCCAUUUUGAUAUUUUUCUAAAAGUGGUGCGUUCAAAACUUUUUUUCUAGCACCCUUGAAGGUAACGCCGAAAAAGCAACAUGGAAGACUCGCACGAGUGACUCCGUAUUUAUCUUAUUAAUUUGACUUUUGACGGUCUUAGAAAGCAAUUUCAUCUCCAGGCAGCUUCCCCACAAUGGACACAAAUGUUAGUUAUGUGGGUAUGGAUUUUUAAUCGUAUUUAUGAUCAAGUAGGCAAUGUAUCAUAAAAUAAAUGUCAUCCUUAGAACACA